AGCCCGGGUGCCAUGGACGAGUGGGACCUGCCGCAGUGGAAGAAGGAGGUGGAGAGCCUCAAGUACCAGCUGGCCUACAAGCGGGAGAUGUCCUCCAAGACGAUACCCGAGUUUGUGAAGUGGAUCGAGGACGGCAUCCCAGAAGAUCCCUUCCUGAACCCGGAGCUGAUGAAGAACAACCCCUGGGUGGAGAAGGGGAAGUGCAGCAUCCUCUGA